AUGGAGCCGGUCGUCUCCAGUGGGAGAAUUGAGGACUUCAGCACUGUCCAUCCCUUUGCGCUCAGAGAUGGAACAUCCUUUGGCACACUCACGCAUGUGAUUGUUUUGGUUAUGAAAGGAGGACUGUUCUUCCCUUUGCCCCUCUGUGGUCGCUUCUCUGCCCCUCUGGAUGAAGGUAGCGCCAGUGUUCAGUCUGGCUGGGCACAGCCCACGCUGAAGAGGCAGAAGACUCUGUGGAAGAGGAACAGGCAGGUGAAGGAGAUCCCACCUUGCAGUCAGUUACAGACCGUCUGCUGCAGAGAGCUGCCGCGACCCUGCCAAGGAACGAUGCACAGUCUGACAGUAGCAUCCCAGCUGUUCAGGCCCGGGGCCCAGAACCAGGAUGCCAUUCGGACUCUCAAUACGCUCCAGACGAAUGCCAGCUAUCUGGAGCAGGUGAAGCGGGAACGAGGAGACCCGCAGGCCCAGUUGGAAGCCAUGAAAGGAUUCUUGGAGCGCAGUGGGUUAAAGGUCGAAGAUCUGGAUCAACUGAACAUUAUUCACGUCACUGGAACGAAGGGCAAGGGUUCAGUGUGUGCCUUUACAGAACGUAUUCUACGCAACUUUGGCUUAAAGACUGGUUUCUACAGCUCUCCACAUUUGGUCCAGGUACGCGAAAGGAUUCGGAUAAACGGGCAGCCGAUCAGCAAAGAGCUCUUCAGCAAAUACUUCUGGCAGGUGUAUAACCGGUUGGAGGAGACCAAGGAUUCUGAGCAUGUUGCUAUGCCGGCUUACUUCCGCUUUCUGACUAUCAUGGCUUUCCACGUUUUCUUGCAGGAAAAGGUAGACCUGGCGGUCGUUGAGGUUGGCAUUGGCGGCGCAUACGACUGCACCAACAUCAUCAGGAAACCUGUUGUCUGCGGGGUCUCGUCUCUGGGCAUUGACCAUACCAGCAUCCUGGGAGACACCAUUGAAAAGAUUGCAUGGCAGAAGGGGGGGAUCUUCAAGCCAGGAGUGCCGGCGCUCACAGUGCCCCAGCCAGACCGGCCCUUGGAAGUUCUGAAAGAACAAGCCCAGAGGAACUCGUGUCCUCUCUACCUGUGCCCAGACCUGGAGGCCUUUGAAAAGGAAGAGAAGCCCCUUCGGCUGGGGUUGGCCGGCGACCAUCAGCGUUCAAACGCCGCUCUGGCCCUGCAGCUUUCCCGUGUGUGGUUGGAGCAGCAAGGGUACCUGGAUAUUGGUGAGUUGAGGGAUCCGUGGCCCAGCCCUGAGCUGUCAGUGAAGAAGCCCCCUCCGGUGGCUCCUGCCUUCAGGCCUGGAGAGCCCAUGGUCCAAGGCCUCCAGGCGGCGGAGUGGCUCGGACGCAACCAAGUGCUGCAUCACGGCCCUUUGACAUGGUACAUCGAUGGCGCCCACACCACCAGCAGCAUCCAGGCCUGCGUGCGCUGGUUUCGCCAGGCUGCCCUCAAUGAGGAGAAACCCACAGAUGGCUCUGAGGUCCGAGUGCUGCUCUUCAAUGUGACCGGCGACCGGGACACCGCUGCUCUCCUGAAGCUGCUGCUGCCAUGCCAGUUCGACUAUGCCGUUUUCUGCCCCAAUUUCACUGAAGUGUCUACUGCGGGGAAUGCAGACCAACAGAACUUCAACGUGACACUGGAGAACGUCUUGACGCGCUGCCUGCAGAACCAGAGCUAUUGGAAUCGCCUGAUGGAGGCCAAAGUGAGCCAAGACCCUUGGCUGUCCCCUGCUGCGGAGGUGGAAGGGGUAGGCGGUUGGAUGAAGCCGGCCCCCCUGCACGGGUCCCUGCUCUUCAUGCCUCCCUCUGCUCGCCCGCUGAAUUCCAACUCCUUGGUUUUCCCGUGCAUCUCCCACGCCCUGCAAUGGAUCACUCAGGGCAGGGACCUGCACUUCCAAGCCCCGGCCUCCAGAGGGCUCCACCCCCACCCCGUGGCCAGCAGCGGUGCCGUCCUGCUCAAGGAGGCGGCCACCAUCCGGGUCCUGGUGACGGGCAGCUUGCACUUGGUGGGCGGAGUCUUGAAGCUGCUGGAUCAGUCGCUCUCGCAGUAGGGGGCGCCGCUGGGCUCCCCUCCCAGGGCCGCGUCUGCCGUCUACUUGAAAUGUCCUUGGAUGCAGGAGAGCAACUGGUUGUGGGUGUGCCUCUGAGAUCGCGAUGGCACCUGCAGACAGGUUGGCUCCCCGAGGCUCCUUCUGGCUUCUUCCAAGACCACAGGAUCCUUCCUUCCCCCCCCCCCCAAAGGACCUGGGGAAGGUGGUCUGGCAUCUGAACCGGGUGGGGCCGUGCUCCCCUCGCAUGCAUCCUAAGAAAGACCUGCCUGCCUUUUGCGGCCAAGGUUUCCUCGCCAGCACUGAGGGUUCUCUCUGCCGCUGCUCGGACUUCGGGGCUCUCUCCCCCUUCCUCAUAGGGCUGCUCCAUAAGCCCCUCCCCCCGUCAGUCAGACCCCUCCUCGACCUGAGCCAGAGCAACAGAUGAUCUCGUUGGUUGCAGGCAGUGGCGCCUUCCAAGUCUGAGCCAACGUGAGACGGGCUGGGAGCUUUUAACUGACAACUCGAGAUGUGCCUUUUAACUUGCCCACUCGCCUCUCUCUCCUUUGCCAGCUCCCGUCUCCUCCUUGUUUGUCGUCUUCUGCCAUUUCGUCGGGGUGUGGGAAGGCUGGCGGCUUGUUCUCCGGAGGUCUUUCCCGCCAGCUCUUUUGUCUUGCCUUCUUGUUUCCCUUGCCCUUUUCCAUGGCUUUCUGAGGCAAACGGGCUGUGCUUUCUGGGAGAAUCGCACGGAAGAGCAGAGGUACGAAUAGUCUGCAAGUUUACAGUGCGGUUGUUCCCCACGCGGGCCGGAGCUGCAGACAGCCCUGGUCUCUGAGCCACGCAACUGAUGUGCAGCGUUCUGGCCUGCAUAGCGUCUGUACAGCUGCUCUCCCACUGCAGGUAUGGGGUGUUCUGGCGACUCAGGUGCCUUUGCCUUUCAGGGGACAACGGACGCACCUCCGGCAGAGUGCUGAAUGCGGGGUGCUUUAUGGUUGGGAGGAGCUUCUGGUUUCAGAAACAUCCCUCUUGAGUUUCAGGGGCCAAUAGAGGGUUGGUUUCGUUUAACAGCGGCCACCAUGUGGUGCGUUGGCAGCGGUUGGCUUUAUAGGUGCAGCUGAAAUUUUCAUUUCUCCAUCCUUCUUCCCACUCCUGA